ACCGCCGCCGGGGAAGGGCCGGGACCCUGGCAACGGUGCGGUCACGUGCGCGGGGCUCGGCGGCUGCGCGCGCCAGAGCUGGAGCCAAGAUGGAGCUUUCGGCGGUGGGCGAGCGGGUGUUCGCGGCGGAGUCGAUCAUCAAGCGGCGGGUUCGCAAGGGCCGCAUCGAGUAUCUGGUGAAAUGGAAAGGAUGGGCUAUCAAGUACAGUACUUGGGAGCCAGAGGAGAAUAUUUUGGAUGCCCGUUUAAUCGCGGCGUUCGAGCAAAGAGAGAGGGAACGGGAGUUAUACGGACCGAAGAAACGAGGCCCCAAGCCCAAAACAUUCCUGUUGAAAGCCCGUGCCCAGGCUGAAGCCUUGCGGAUCGGAGACAUGCACUUCUCCAUGAAGCCGGGCCCCGGCAGCUCGGCCAAGCUGCCCGGCAGCCUGGCGGCCUACAAGCUGAAGAAGACCAUCCGCCGCUGCUACCGGACCUCGAAGCGGGCCCUGUCGCGGGUGGAGCCCCAGCCGGGCCUGAGCGGGCAGGCCCGGGGGCCGCUGCCGCUGCCCGAGAGCGUGCGCAUCAUCAACCGCAAGGCGGAGCCCCGGAAACGACGGCGCAGCCGCAUCAUCCUCAACCUCAAGGUGAUCGACAAGGGGGCCAAGCCCCUGGGCAAGGCCAAGAUCCCGUCCCGCAACAGGGUGAUCGGCAAGAGCAAGAAGUUUAGCGAGAGCAUCCUGCGCACCCAGAUCCGCCACCUCAAGUUCAACGACUUCUCCGUCUACGACAAGUCCUUCCGCCCGCUGCCCGGGGGCGAGGGCCGGAGGUCGGAGGGCGACCCGGGCACCUCGCGCUCCCAGCCCCCCCCCGCCCCCUCCGCCCUGCGUUACCCCCCCCCGCGACCCCGCCCCCCCAGCCCGCCAGCGAGUGGCCGGGGCCCGGCGGGGGAGGGGGGGCGGAGGGGGGGGGCCAAGGUUCCCGGGGAAUCUCCCAGCCCAGCCACUCCCGACUGGAGGGAGGCCGAGGUUCUGGAUCUCUCGCUGCCCCCCGAGUCUGCUGCUGCGCCCCGCCGGCCCCCUCCCCCGCCCCCCCCACCUCCUCCUCAUCCUCCUCCUCCUCCUCCUCCUUCUCCUCCUCCGCAGCAGGCUGAGGCCGAGGUGCCGGGCUGGAGGCCCGAGAUGUCUCCCUGCUCUAACGUGGUGGUGACCGACGUCACCACCAACCUCCUCACCGUCACCAUCAAAGAGUUCUGCAACGCAGACAACUUCGUCAAGGGCCCAGCUCUCAAUCCCUGAAACCCCCUCCCCGUCUCUCCCCCCCCCGUCUCUCCCCCCCAUCCCCAUCCCUAGCAACUUUCCACUGCCCCCACCAGGCCAGCUUUCACCCUACACCCAGUGUGUGUUCACCUGGGUGGUAAUUCUCUGCCCCCUGAAACCAUCACUCACCAAAUUUCAUUUCUUCUUUCCAAUUACUUCAUUUCUCUCUCUCGCUCUGUCAUUUUGCCUCGCUGUACGUCCAUCCUCUCUCUCGCCUCUCUCCUACUCGCUUUUUUUUUUUUUGCAUGUCUCUCUGUCCCUCUCUGUAUAGGCAUUGUCUAUCUGUCCCCUCUCUGCCCGCA